GCCAUCAUCAUCUUGUAGCGACUGUCAAUCACUCUCUGGCAAAGACCCCUCGGAGAAAAGACACAUCGGCCAACCGCAAUGGUAAAAACUUGUGCGUGCAGACAGCCAUGGAGCCCCCCUGGAAGGGUCCAUCUUCUUCUUCAGCAACCAACAGUCAGAGAGGCGACUCGUUUCCUCAUAUUAUCUUCUCCAUCGUCGUACCAUGACCGUUCGCGAACUCUCGAAGGCUCGAAUCCCACGUCGCAUGGCCCUCUCGCUCACUUGAGAUAAGGGAAGAACGAGAAGAAGUAGCAGCAGCAGCAUCUCUGGGAGAAGUUUCGGUUUCGAGCUUCCGACAUGAGCGGCAUUGAAGCUGCUGAGGUUGAGAGGGGCCUGAGAAAGCCGUUGCUCCACCCAGGGAUCUGGUACGUGAUGAAGGGGAAGGGAUCGAGUCGGUCCAGCCUCUCCGGAUCGGCGCAGAUCCUCCGUGAGGGCUCCUUCUCCGUCCUCUUCUGUGUCCUGAUGGUCGCCUUAGGCCCUAUUCAGUUCGGAUUCGCUUGUGGAUAUUCGUCUCCCACGGAGGACGACAUAAUAAGCGACCUGGGCCUUUCGCUGUCACAGUACUCGAUAUUUGGCUCCUUGGUGAAUGUGGGAGCCAUGGUGGGGGCAAUCAUAAGCGGUCAGAUGGCAGAGUACGUUGGUCGGAAAGGGUCGCUGAUGAUCGCUGCAGUCCCUAAUGUUAUAGGGUGGCUGUUAAUGUCAUUUGCCCAGGAUUCCUUACUCUUAUACAUAGGAAGAUUGUUGGGGGGAUUCGGCGUGGGCGUGAUUUCUUAUGUGGUGCCGGUAUAUAUAACUGAGGUAUCGCCUGACAACAUGAGAGGAACCCUGGGAUCUGUGAAUCAGCUCUCGGUUACAAUCGGAACAUUGUUGGCCUACCUUUUUGGAAUAUUUCUCAACUGGAGGAUCCUUGCUAUCGUGGGGUCUCUGCCAUGUCUAGUAUUGAUUCCUGGCUUAUUUUUCAUCCCAGAGUCUCCUCGAUGGUUGGCCAAAAUGGAUUAUAGAGGGGAACUGGAAGCCUCUUUAAAGGUCCUACGGGGUUUUGAUACUGAUAUUUCCCAUGAAGUCAAUGAAAUCAAGACAUCUGUUGCAUCAACAAGCGAAAGAACAACGAUUGGGCUUGCAGAGCUCAAGCAGAAAAGAUAUUGGUUUCCUUUGAUGGUAAUUGUUUCACUUGGAUCGAUGUUGGACUUAUUAUCUCAUAACUUGGCAUGUUGUCCUUUCGUGUGUCAAAUAUAUGUAUUGCAGGUCGGUGUUGGCCUACUUAUUCUCCGGCAACUCAGUGGCAUCAAUGGUGUUUUAUUCUACUCCACCACAAUAUUUGAAAAUGCAGGUUUUUCUUCAAGUGAUGUCGCAACUGCUGGAGUCGGUGCUAUCCAGGUAAAGUGGCGAUUCUGUCAGCGGUCUUAUGCAGCAGUUAAACAAUGCCAACACUUUAGACCUAAUCUGAGGUGUAAGGAACUUGCAUGCUGUAGGUUCUUGCCACUGGGGCUACCACUUGGCUUCCGGACAAAGCAGGCCGAAAGCUGCUUCUAAUAAUAUCCUCAUCCGCGAUGACUUUGAGCCUUAUUUUUGUGGCCGUAGCAUAGAGGUCAGUAAUGAAGCUAGUACAACCCUUUGGCUUCUGAGGCAAUGGCUGCUUGUUGAGGCAUUCUUCUUGCAUUUGACAGAGCUCUGCUUCAGAAGACUCUAAACUAUACAGCAUAAUGGGAAUAUUGUCGGUGGUUGGGCUUGUGGCUUUCGUGGUUGCCUUCUCUGUGGGAAUGGGAUCUGUUCCAUGGGUUAUCGUGUCUGAGAUUUUUCCCCCGAACAUUAAGGGCCUCGCCGGCAGCAUGGCAACGUUGGCGAACUGGUCGACAACAUGGGCGAUCACACUUACGGCAAACUUGCUGUUGGAUUGGAGCGCUGCAGGUGUCGCAUUGAUUUUUACUGCUGAAUAAUAUCGUAAGAGGUGCAGGAGCAUCAAAUUCCAUCGAUAAUAACCAGCUCACAGGCCCGCCUCAAACCUCACUAAUGAGCCCAUCGCCUUUGAUAUUUAUGUAAAUUAAGGGAGAUUUCGGCCGUGACAUGAUCCGAUGGAUCCAAUAAGGAGAAGGCCCCCGAGAUGAGCUUUUAGAAAUUGAAGAAUAAAUGCCACGUCGGCCGGGCUAAGACUGGAGGAUUAUUUAUGUUUUAAAUAGGUUUUUUGAUUUGAUUAAGCUUUCUAAUUCAGACUGGUUUCCUAGUUCAAGUUAGUUUUUUAGUUUGAGUGGUCUUCUAAAUCAAUGUUUUGUCCGUUAAAUUUUUCCUAGUCUUAGUCUGUCCAUAUAAAGGAGGAGCGUUCUCUAUUUAUAGACAUGCAAAUUUUGAUUUGACAAAAUAUAUGAGGAUUCUUCAAGCAAAAUAAUAAAUAAAUGAGCACUCCUCCGAGUAGUUUCUUGGA